AUAUUAAUAUACAGUUCGUAACUCGAGAGUCAUACAAUCAGCUGUGAAAAUCGUCGUUAAAGGAUGGAAACCGAAUCCCAGAAAGCGCGCAUUGUCCGAUGCGAAAUGCGACGAAGUGGCAAACAUGUAUCUUUGUGUCUCAGGAGAAAGAGCGCGUUCACUCACGGAUCCUGAUCCGGAGGUGAGGGGCCACUGAUAAACGAUCGGUUCUGCUCCGGCUGGUGAGUGCAGGCGCAGCUCCAUUUUACGCGACGACCCGUCUUCCUCUUCUUCCUCGUCCUCCUCCUCGUUCCUCUUGUCGUUCGCGUCACCGUCGUCGAUGUCGUCUUCUUGGUCGUCUUCGUCCUCCUCUUCCUCUUCCUCUCCCUCCUCCGCCGCCUCCUCCCCCACCUCCUCCCUCUUUAUUCCCUUCCUCCACCUCUACUUCCUACUUCCUUCCUCAGGCAAAGAAAACGCAACGGCGACGGCUACGGUGGCAACGACGGUGGAAACCUCAGGGAAAAAAAGUGAGGCUCACGUUCGCGUGACGUAAUCGCAACAACAAUGAGAACGGCCGCCGUUGGCCGUUAUCCCCUUGAAGAAGGGGAUAUAUUGGCUUGUUCCCGCACUAGGACACCAGCACCACGUAGACGACGCUCGCAAACCCCCCCCUCUCUGCUGGUGCUACUACCCCGGAGGACAUGAAAAGGGAUACGGAGGAGACACGGGCGCCUCCACACAAACACUCAUCAACAGCACUAGCAACAGCAGUUGCUAUAGGGGCAGCAGCAGCAACAGCAGCAGCAGCAGCAGCAGUAGCAGCACCACUACCACUACCACCACCAUCUCUCACCAUCAAAGCCCACCACCACUACAUCAUAAAACGUCACACAUUACCCACCACUACCGCCUCUAGCAAAAGUAGCACCACUCGGCAGCACUAAUAGCACGAGACAACGAGUGCGGAAAAGCCACGAGGAUGAAUGUCGACGGUUAGUCGCGCACACGUUCUAUGCAAUCUUAUGUCCUUGACGAUCGAUCACGAAGAGGCACCAAGAAAGAGAAUGAGGAGAAAAGAGAGAAUGAUAAAGAGACAGAGAUAGAUGGAUAAAAAUGAGAAGAAAAAAUGUUAGCAGCACACACUUAUGCUGAGUAAACGAUAAAAAACACUGACACGACCGCCGACUAUCAUACAACCAUGCAAGAGGCAGAGCUUUAAGAAAGGGGCAGGCGGGGGGGGGGGGAAGGGGCAUGACGACAUCAAAACAUGGCGUCGUGUCUCUUCUUCCUCUUGUAUAUACAUACAACGCGUCGUGCGUUGUCGUCGUCGCGCCGCACCGUGUCGUACCGUAUCACGCCGUAUGCGCGCUCGAAUCCUCUCUCUCUCUCUCUCUCUCUCUCUCUCUCUCUAUCCUUUUUUCCUCCUUCUGUUUCGUCACUACUACGUGAGCUUCUUCUGUAGUCGGCGCAUGCGCCGAAUCGAACCGUUGAACUUCUGCUCGGUCAUAUACUUAACACCAGACUUGCCGUGUCGACUAUCGUCGUCGAGACAUACCGAAUUAGGCACCUUUUUGUUUUCCUUCCAUUCAAUCGUCCUUCUUCUUUUUUUGCGCACAUACAAUAGUCCAAUAACGAUUUUCUUUUGAUCUUUGUUUCAAAAAAAUGCAUUACUUUUUAUCGAAAAUAUUAAAAAUUUCUUUACAAGCAACUUUAUAGUUAUUAUAAUCUUAUUGCAACUCUCUUGUUUUUGUUUUCCUUCUUUUUUCUUCUUUUUUUUUUUUUUAAGUGUAAUAAUGUAUAUUUUCUUGCAUAUAACCACACGAGAUAUGCUUUUACCAAUAUCCAAGCAGGUGUGGUGGUUUCUUUCUCUUUAAAAGGAUCAUACAUAUGCCACAAGAACGUGAUAUUUGUCACGUAGGCCAUUCUCAGGUGCGAUUGUCAGCGCCUCUUACAAUUUCAAGUGUAUACCCUAUACAAUAUUAAACAUUUUCGUAAGAUGCUAAAAUUGUUUGAGUAAUCAUGCUAACAUUCAUGAGCCAAUUAAAAAGAGAAGAAAUAAUAUAAAGGCAUUGACGUUUGACGGAGUUAAAUUUAUUUGUGUAGAAGAAAAGUUGAAGAUUCAGCUUCGAUAAUCGACCUAUACUUCUAUAAACGCUUUGCACUCUAGCGAUCUGAAAAUAUCGACUAAUGUUUUGACACGCCUCACGGGAAUAAAAGGAACUAAAAGUCGCGGUUAUCAUUGAGCACACGACAGUGUAGCAUAGGAUUUUUCAAGUGUACGUUGUAAAUACUUGUAUUGUAAUUAGAAUAAUUAAUAGGAUAUUAUAGUAGUUGACAUGACGGAGGAACUCAAAUUGGAUCAUCGUGCUAAGAAAAGAAUAAAGGAAGUUAAAAGAAAAGCUAGACCAGAACUUGGAGACAAAAUAGCUUGGACUCAGCAUGGAUAUAGUAAAAAGUUUGAAACUUUUUGGAAUUUCCAAGAUAAUGUGGAACGCAUAGAUGAAUCUAUAGUAGUUACUGAAGAAUUUAUUGAAAAAUAUGAAAAACCUUAUAAACCUGUGAUAAUACAAGGUGUUCAAACUGGUUGGAAAGCCCAACAUAAAUGGACUAUAGAGAGGUUAGUAAAAAAGUACAGAAACCAAAAGUUUAAAUGUGGGGAAGAUAAUGAAGGAUAUAGUGUUAAGAUGAAAAUGAAGUACUAUGUACGAUAUAUGCUCAACAAUGAAGAUGAUUCUCCUCUGUACAUCUUUGAUAGUUCGUUUGGAGAACAUCCUAGACGGAAAAAGUUAUUAGAAGAUUAUGUUAUUCCAAAAUAUUUUCGUGAUGAUCUUUUCCAACAUGCUGGUGAACAUCGUAGACCACCGUAUCGGUGGUUUGUUAUGGGACCUGCCAGAUCUGGUACAGGUAUUCACAUAGAUCCAUUAGGAACUAGUGCAUGGAAUGCACUAAUUUCGGGUCAUAAGCGUUGGUGCCUCUUUCCUACCCAUACCCCGCGUGAGCUUCUGAAAGUAACUGCAGCCGAAGGUGGAAAACAGAGAGAUGAAGCUAUAACAUGGUUUUCUGUUAUUUAUCCACGUACAAAGUUACCUACGUGGCCUCAAGACUGCUUGCCAAUAGAGAUUUUACAAAAUCCUGGUGAAACAGUCUUUGUGCCGGGUGGUUGGUGGCACGUUGUAUUGAAUUUAGACGAAACUAUUGCAGUUACUCAAAAUUUCUGUUCUCGUACCAAUUUUCCAGUAGUUUGGCACAAAACGAUACGUGGAAGGCCAAAAUUAUCACGUAAGUGGUUAAAAGUACUCAGGGAUAAAGAACCAGAACUUGCAGCACUUGCAGAAACAAUAGAUGUAAAAGAGGAUACAGGAGUAGCCAGUGAUUCAUCAAGUGGGUCUUCGAGUAGUUCUUCAAGCAGUAGCAGUAGUACUAGUCAAUCUGAAGAUGAAAGUGCAGAUGACAGUGGUCAAGAGUCGCUUACGGCACACAAAAAAAAGAAAAGAAGAAAACUGAAUAACAGCCAACCCUGACAAUAUCGAGUACAUGGGACCUACAAAGAUCUCAGACUGUACAGUAUUAACCAACAAUUAUUGUUUGUACUAAAAAUAAAUAUUAUAAUUAUUACCACCCUAAUGUUCAUAAUAAAAUAAAUGCUAGAUAAUACCAAA